ACGAGGAAUCCGGGGAAAGGCGCACCUGCACCUGCCUGGCCCGUCACCUAGGUCACUCAGCCUGGGUCACCCCAAGGUCGCCUUGCUCACUGCUCGAGGAGCCCGUCCGUAACUCGUGUCGCCUCCUGCUGACCAGACGCCCGGCUGGACUGAACGCGAAACGAGGUCGUACACUGCCGCCGCCCAUCGCCGCCGCUGCUCUCGCCAGAGUCACGGGCACGUGGAAACACCGGGAUGGAUCCCGAGCCGGCAUACACGCUCUACAUCCGCCUCCCCUUUGCGCGGGGCGACUUUGUAGACCCUCCAGCAGUCAACUGGGACUCCUCUAAGGACGAGCGACUGUGGAACAUCCUCUCGGGUGUCUCCAAGACGGAAAUUGACUGGGAUGCAAUAGCUGCCGACUUUGACGUGACGGUCGACUUUCUGCUCAGGCAGGUCACCUACCUCACCGAGCGCCAUGCCUCCCAGGUCCGCGCCCAGAUGCAGAUGCGCAAGGCCACCACCGCUGGCAAGCGGGGCUCCGCUGCGCCCUCGCCGGUUCCUCCUGGCUCAGAGUCUACUACCGCUACUGCCGCAGAGAUGAGGAGGGUGGGUUCUGCCGCUGGCUAUCCGAGGGCACCCUCUUCGCUGUCCAUCCGCAAGGACGCAGGUGUGCCCGCUGGGAAACAAGCCGCCCCAUUUGCUUCUGAAGGCAGACCCCAGGUGUCCCGCGCAUCGUCCUCGGGCAACAGCACCCAGCAGAAGCGCGGUACUACGGCAGGGGCAUCCGCGCUGCGGCAGCAGGGGGUUGAUGUAAGCGGUCAGCGGAAACGGCUCUCGUCACUUCCCAUCGUCACAACGCCUACGAGCGCAACCCGUCCACCGCGACGCGAGGAGGACGAUGACGGCGACGAUGAGGACCCGCAGGACGAUGAGCAGUCUCCCGGUCCUGCUGAAUCCAGCUCAGCGUCUUCCUCGAGGUCGUCGAGCCCGGCUCAGUCGCGCAUCAUCCGUCGCCCGCCUCGGUUCACAGCAACGUCGGGUAAUACGGGCGGCGCAGGCGUUGGAAGCGGAGGAGCGACCAAACCAGUCGACGGCCUUGCCACUGCCGACGGGGCUGUCUCGCCGGACGAGGACGACGAUGAUGCCGAACCAGCCUUCCUUCCUUUCUCGGGUGGUCAGUACUCUGACCCCAGCGCGACGCUCCGAGGCGACCCACGCGACAUGGCGGCUGCCAGGCGCGGUGGCGGCACUCCUCUCCCGCCGUCCACGCCCAAAGCCCGUCGCAUAGCGUCGCUUGGGCAGUCACAAAUGUCAGACUCUUCGGCGAGUUCGACUGCCUUGGUAAACCGGUCCCCGGCUCAGGAAGCCCGCAACGUGGCCCCCUUGAGCCCUAGACGCACAGCAGAGCUGUCAGGCCGCGCUGCAGCCAGGGCUAAAGGAAAGGGUCAUGGCCUAUCUAAUCAUGGCAGCGAUGGCGGCACUCCCAGCAUGGGAAGUAGCUUUAGCGAUCUUGAUGACGCGUCAGUGACACAGUCGGCCCUUGAAGAGGCCCUGGCCAGCAACAUGCAAGCCGACAAUACAAUCGGUAGUAGGAUGAGUGUGGCGCUGGGCAGGGCCCUCGGAAGUCGCUACCUCCCCAGGUCAAAUCGCCCAUGAUUGCCCGCGCUCCGCUACGACGUUAUAUUUCUUGCUGUUGCAUGCAAUCCCUCAACCGAUUUGCUGCACCUUUCCGUAUUACCUGGACUUCUUCAGCCUUGUAUUUUGCAUUGUAUUUACUGCAUGCUUCGAUAUGCUCGUGCUUUUACGACGGGGUCGGACGAUGGUUGGCGUUUGUACAUCUCUUCUCCAUCCAUGCCACUUUUCACACUUUUCGGCACUCGCUUAUCGGUAUUGUCCGUUGCUGGUGUUCUCCUGCUAUUUUUUUCUCGUCUUUCCCCCAUUCUUUACUCUUAUCAUAUUCUAGACGAUGUUUUUAAAUCAUCCAUCAGUUAUAGUUCUGGCAUAGAUUGAUAUGAGCCCAAUAUGACCUGUAUUGUGAAUAAAACCCCUUUCAGCCG